AUGGAUUCUACCACAACCUGCCAACUAAAAGACCCCUCGCUGCUGAUCGGAAAGAACUACAUCGAUGGGCAAUGGAUUGAAGCUGCUUCAGGGAAGAGAUUCAACGUGACAGAUCCUGCAACCGGCAACGUUAUUGGAUCCUGCCCAGAGUCCGCAAGCGAAGACGUGGAAACCGCCAUUAAGUCUGCAGCUGCAGCGCUUCCAGCAUGGCGAUCUCGCACCGGGCGUGACCGUGGCCGGAUUCUGCGCCGCUGGUUCGAGUUGAUCAUGGAGAACAAGGACGAUUUGGCUACCCUCAUCACACUGGAAAAUGGAAAGGCCAAGCCUGAUGCGACAGGCGAGGUCCUCUUUGCAGCGAGCUUCUUCGAGUGGUUCUCCGAAGAGGCUUCCCGGGUUUAUGGGGAUGUCAUUCCACACAGUCAGCCUAGUUUUAGGGUGUCUGUUUUGAAAGAGCCUGUCGGAGUUUGUGGGUUGAUCACACCAUGGAACUAUCCUGCUGCCAUGAUUACUAGAAAACUCGGUCCCGCACUUGCUGCUGGCUGCACUGUGGUUGUAAAGGCAGCCGGCGAGACCCCGUUUACCGCCAAUGCGCUGAUCCAGCUUGGUGAAAGAGCUGGUAUCCCUGCUGGUGUUGUCAACAGUAUAGCCGCGUUGGAUAAUACACCAGAAAUUGGCCAAGCCUUAUGUGCUUCCAACACUGUCCGCAAGAUCUCCUUUACCGGCUCGACAAGAGUAGGAAAACUUCUUAUGCAACAGUCUAGUCAUUCAUUAAAGAGGCUGAGCCUCGAGCUGGGUGGAAAUGCCCCAUUCAUUGUCUUCGAUGAUGCUGACCUGGACCUGGCACUGGAAGGUGUCGUCGGCAGCAAGUUCAAGUCUUCAGGACAGACAUGCGUGUGCUCGAACCGCAUUUUCGUGCAGAGAGGCAUUUACCCGGAGUUCCUUCGCAGACUUCAGGAUAUCGUUCGUGGAUUCCAACUUGGGAACGGCUUCGAUGAUAAGACUACACAUGGCCCAUUGGUGACUCCGGCGGCGGCAGAAAGAGUUGCCGGUCUCGUGGACGAUGCUGUGAGAAGAGGUGCGAAAGUGGAGAUUGGAGGCAACAAGAGACCGGACCUUGGCCCGAACUUCUUCGAGCCGACUAUCCUCACAAACGUCAGCGACGACAUGCGACUGAUGAAGGAGGAGAUCUUCGGCCCUGUAGCACCAAUACUUGCAUUUGACACAGAGGAUGACGUCGUCGCCGCUGCGAACAAGUGCGACGUAGGUUUAGCCUCGUAUAUCUUCACUCGAGACCUCAACCGCGCCCAUCGUUUGUCCGAGCUCUUACAGUUUGGCAUGGUGGCUGUUAACACUGGUGUUAUCUCUGAUGCAGCUAGCCCCUUCGGUGGGAUUAAGCACUCAGGUAUGGGGCGCGAAGGCAGUAAAUAUGGCAUCGAGGACUAUCUUGAGCAGAAGACUGUGGUGACGGGGAACAUUAAAGUAGCUCAUAAGUCUUACCUGUAA